CUACACAUAAUAUCGAGCGGAUUGCAGUAAACGUCAAAACUGCUGUCAACAAUAUAUAUUUCAAUAAUUAAAAAAAACUGAAUAAAAAUUAUCAAUUACUUUGAAUUAAUUGAUAAAAAAAAGUGGGGUAAAAAUGGGUAAUGCUGAUACAAAAUUAAAUUUUCGUAAAGCUGUUGUUCAAUUGACCUCAAAAACACAAGUUAUUGAUACGAGUGAUGAUAAUUUUUGGGAUCAAUUUUGGUCAGAAAAUGUAUCAUGUGUACAAGAUAUAUUUACAUUAAUACCAGCAACCGAAAUACGUAUGUUACGUGAAGAAGCACCAUCAAAUCUUGCAACAUUAUGUUACAAAGCUGUUGAAAAAUUAGUUAAAGCUGUUGAUAAUAGUUGUAGAACACAAAGAGAACAUCAAACUGUAUUAAAUUGUUGUCGUUUAUUAACAAGAUUAUUACCAUAUGUAUUUGAAGAUCCAGAUUGGAAAGGUUUUUUUUGGUCAAGUUUACCUGGUAAAGAAGAUGAAGAAGAAAGUUUACCACUUGCACAUUCAUUAUUAAAUGCAAUAUGUGAUUUAUUAUUUUGUCCUGAUUUUACUGUUAUUUCUGGUAGAAAAUCUGGACCAGACAAGGCUGAAGAAUUACAAACAAUCGAUAGUUGUGAAUAUAUAUGGGAAGCUGGUGUUGGUUUUGCUCGUUCAACAGCACGUUAUCCAAUACUUGAUUUAAAUAGAACUGAAUUAUUGAAAUUAUUAUUAACAUGUUUUAGUGAAACAAUGUACAAUCCACCAAGUGAUUUAUCAGAAACACCAAAUAAAUGGAUACAAUAUUUAACUGGUUCUGAUAAUAGACAUGCAUUACCAAUGUUUACAUCAUUGUUAAAUACAGUAUGUGCAUAUAAUCCAGUUGGUCUUGGUGUACCAUACAAUCAUUUAUUAUUUACUGAUUCAAUGGAACCACUUGUUGAUGUAUCAUUACAAAUAUUAAUUGUAACACUUGAUCAUGAUACAAGUGGUAAUGCUGCAUUAUCAGAUGAACCAGGUAUUGCUGGUGAUAAUUUAUUUAUAAAUUAUUUAGGUCGUAUUCAUAGAGAUGAAGAUUUUCAAUUUGUAUUAAAAGGUAUAACAAGAUUAUUAAAUAAUCCAUUAACACAAACAUAUUUACCAAAUUCAACAAAAAAAGUACAUUUUCAUCAAGAGUUAUUAAUAUUUUUUUGGAAAAUGUGUGAUUAUAAUAAAAAAUUUUUAUACUAUGUAUUAAAAUCAUCAGAUGUACUUGAAGUACUUGUACCAAUAUUAUAUCAUUUAAAUGAUUCAAGAGCUGAUCAAUCACGUGUUGGUUUAAUGCAUAUUGGUGUAUUUAUAUUAUUAUUAUUAAGUGGUGAAAGAAAUUUUGGUGUUAGAUUAAAUAAACCAUAUACAGCAACAGUACCAAUGGAUAUACCAGUAUUUACUGGUACACAUGCUGAUCUUCUUGUAACAGUAUUUCAUAAAAUAAUAACAACUGGACAUCAAAGAUUACAACCACUAUUUGAUUGUUUAUUAACAAUACUUGUUAAUGUAUCACCAUAUUUAAAAACAUUAUCAAUGGUUGCUAGUACAAAAUUAUUACAUUUACUUGAAGCAUUUAGUACACCAUGGUUUUUAUUUUCAUCACCAACAAAUCAUCAUUUAAUUUUUUUUUUACUUGAAAUAUUUAAUAAUAUAAUACAAUAUCAAUUUGAUGGUAAUAGUAAUUUAGUAUAUACAAUAAUACGUAAAAGACAAGUAUUUCAUGCAUUAGCAAAUUUACCAAGUGAUUGUGGUACAAUUGCUAAAUCAUUAAAUAAACGACAAAAAAAAAAUAACAAUAUUAACAGUAACAAUAGUAAUACUUUAACAUCACCAAGUGUAUCAACUGAAAAUGUAUGUGAAACAACAAUGGAAGGUUCACAUCCAGCAUUACCAGCAGAACCUGGUACACUUAAAGCAACAUUACUUGAUACACCUGGUAUUGAAAAUAUGACUGAAAAAGAAUCAGCACAUCCAUUGAGUCCAUCAAUUGAUGUUGCUAUUACUAAAACAAUUGAUGAUAAUAAUUUAAUGAAUAAUCAACAAAAAAAUCAAAAUACCAUUGUUACUAAAGGUGGAAUACGUGUUUCUGAUGAACAACAAACAUCAAGUGCUAAUAAUCAAUGGGUACCAACUGGUGAAUGGGUUUAUCAGUGGAAAAUUAAAUUACCACUUCAAACAAUUAUGAGAUUAUUACAAGUUCUUGUGCCUCAAGUUGAAAAAAUAUGUAUUGACAAAGGUUUAACUGAUGAAAGUGAAAUACUUAAAUUUCUACAACAUGGUACUUUAGUUGGUCUUUUACCUGUACCUCAUCCAAUAUUAAUACGAAGAUAUCAAGCAAAUGCUGGUACAACUGCUUGGUUUCGUACUUAUAUGUGGGGUGUUAUUUAUUUGCGUAAUGUUGAACCACCAGUAUGGUAUGACACUGAUGUUAAACUAUUUGAAAUUCAACGAGUAUAAAAAAAAAAACCUAUCAAACAUCGAGAAGACAAUGCAAUUUAUAUAAUCUAAUUCAUUUUAAA